AUGACAAAGGGUAAAGGAGCUGAUGUCGUCCUCGAAUGCGGUGGUGUCGAUACCUUAGCUAAGUCAUUUAAGUGUAUCGCCUUUGGCGGCCAGAUUAGCUGUGUGGGUUACGUAUCUGGCAAGCAAACCAGUUCCCAGAUGAACACAAUCGUACUCGCGUUGUCGCGAAACGUUACUCUGAAAGGCAUCGUUUGUGGGCCAAAAGACAGGUUUGAAGAGGUGCUGCAGCUGUACCAGGAGACAGUGGUUCACCCUGUGAUUGAUCGGACUUUUGAGUUUCUAGAGGCUAAGGAGGCUUUACUCUACCUUGCUAAAGGAGGUCAUAUUGGCAAGGUAGUUGUCAAAAUCACAUAA